UUUCCAAAAAGAAAAUUAAAAAAAAAAAGAAUAAAUUCUUCCCCUUUUUCCUCUUCUAUUCUCCUCGUCCAAAAACCCUAAUUUUUCAAAUUCAAAACCUGGAAAUUUCAAUCUAUUUCUUCAAAUAAAUAAGCAAAAAAUACAAUCACAUCAAAGUGAUAAUGAGAGGAACGAAACGUUUUGCUGUUUCUGAUUCAAAUCCUAUCUUCAAUCCCAACGACUCUUUUAUGCAGAGCAAGAGAGUAAUAAUGGGGUCACCGUUUGAUGCACAGAGGUCAGAGACGUCAAUUCAGCCGAAGCAGCUGCCGCCAUUGGAUAUUCAGAGGGCUGAAUCAUCAAGACAGCAUGUGAGAGCUCUUAAUACCCAAUUUGCAAGCUGGGUACAAGCUCAGUUGCAAGACCAUCCGGAUGAGCUGUGGGAAGAUGGCGUUCAGGACUAUCUAAACCAUGCAAAAAACGUUGUGGAGAAAUUUAGUGACGUAGUCAACUGGCUGAAAGCAAAUGCUGGAAAAGGUGAGAGUUUAUCAGAAUUGGGUUCUAAUGAUGCUCAAAAGAAACCUAGUUUUGAAAUUGAAAGCAAGGACAACAAUAAUAAGUUAUUACUGGACAAACCCAUGUUUCCUCCUGCUGCCACAACAACAAACUUUGGAAGUUCGUGGAGCUCAGGACUGCUCUUUAGCAAUAACAAGCCUUUCACUUUUGGAGGAAGCCAAGUUUCAGUUCCUGAAAAUCAAAAUUCAGUUCUCCCGGACCAUGAUGCUUCAAAUGAUGGAGAUGCUGAAGAAGAUGCCGAGCAGCCGAACAGCCCUUCUGUGAAAAAGAGCGAAGAGAAGGGAAUUAAUGUUGUACAUGAGGUCAAAUGCAAACUUUAUGUGAAGUCCAGUGAUCCAGCAGACAAAGAUGCUUGGAAAGACAAAGGCACGGGUCAACUUUGUAUCAAAUGUAAGGAAGGCGUGAGCAAGGGGACCAGAGAAUCUAAGCCAACAAUCGUUAUACGAAAUGAUGUCGGGAGAGUGUUGCUCAAUGCAUUGUUAUAUCCAGGCAUCAAGACAAACAUGCAAAAGAAUGCAGUUGUUGCAAUAUUUCAUACGAGUGAUGGCGAUAGCAACAAUGAAGUUGCUGCACGGACUUUCUUGAUGAGAACUAAGACUGAGGAUGAUCGGAAUAAAUUGGCAGCUAUCAUACAGGAAUACGCCCCUAGUGCCUGAGUGUUGUUUUCGAUGGCUAUUUUGUUGUGUUGUACUGCUUGGACGCGCAAACUAGGAAUUGUUCAUGAAAAUCAUCGUGUUUUUCCCAGGUUUAAGGAGGUUGAUCUUUAUAAGAAGAGAGCCUUUCUUUUAUAAUAUGAGGAAUACCUUGAUGUACUAUAAGACAAUGUGAGAAAAUGAUAUUUUUUCCUCCCGAGUUUCAACUAUUUACAA